AUGACCCUGGAGAGCGACCAAAUGAAGAAAUUACACCAUCACAUUCUCUGUCUGGACCACUCCUCAACAAAACCAAUCAACUUGUUCUUCGAUGACCCCAAACUGACCACGGAGCAAGAAGCCAGCCUGAACGCCAUUCUGCGCAAAAUGACACCUGACCAACAAGAAGUCUUACAGUAUAUGAUAGGGUCGCAAAACCUCGUUACGAUGGUCCAAGGUCCGCCAGGUACGGGCAAAUCAACUUUAAUGGCUUACUUUAUGGCAAUGUGUCAUGUCAUGGAAUAUCCGACCUUGUUUACCGCAUCAUCAAACGCCGCCGUCAACGUUCUAAUAGACAAACUUCAGGAUUUUGAUGACGAGUGCAAAGAAGAGCAACAUUUGAUGGUCAACGGGACUCGAUUCUAUAGUCAGCAUCUCGAAAUUGCUAUGAUUAUGCGCAAUUACCAAGAAUUGCAUGGAACACUUAAGCCGCCUCCAACUUUAGCAGAAGAUUCCAACAACCCCAUGGUGCAACAUGCCAGUAGCUCACUGACGGUUCGCAACACGUUAGCAGACGACGUAGCUAUCAAUCGUCCGAAGCUCGAGUCAUACGGUCUUUGGAGGAAAGCAUUGCAGAUGGCUGGUGUCAUGGACAAUGAUGGCAAAACCCUACCAUCUUCUCUUGUGAUUGAAGACAACCCAUAUCAGAAGUUCCUUGACGCCUUCUACAGUCCUCAUGCUCUAGAUAACGUCCCGAAUCUCGAGUCAAUGCCAGACGAAGGGGCAUACAAUCCAAUGCCAGGCUUAGAUCAGGCUACUGACGGCAAGUCCGCCGACGGAAAAGAUGCUGAUGAUCAGACACCUGAGAUCAGGUUUCCAGAGGAAAAGCCCACCGAAAAUGCUGAUGAUCAGACACCCGAGGCCAAGUUUACCGAGGAAGAGCCCACCGAAAAUGCUGAUGAUCAGACACCCGAGGCCAAGUCUACCGAGGAAAAGCCUACCGAAGAUGCUGAAAGUCUGUUGACGCUAAUGAAGAAUCUCUGUGCAUCCGCCGUUCGUGCCUAUCCUUACAUUUGCGCUUCAAAUUCAAAUACGGCAACACCAUGGCUCAGAAGUGUUGGAUUUCGUGUUGGCGCAAAUGAUGAGAGUGCACAAUCAGGAGAGCUUGACGGUCUGCUACCUAAAGUCCACAACGUCGAUACCUCAGAGCUUUGGAUUGACAUCGGAGAUCAUAAACAGCUACCACCCACCGUCAUCUCAAGCAAAGCCUUUUAUCGAGGCAAAUUGACCGAUGGGCCUGGAACCGCUCUCGAUAAGCGACAAUUCGCACGACAAGUUCUAAGAUUCAUGCACGGUGAAUACGGCGUUACCUCAACAGUGCCCUUUUUAUGUCUCUCUGUUCCGGAUGGUGUCUGCGUGAGAUCAUCAACAAGAUCUAGAUCAAAUCCUCACAACAUUGCCGUCAUACUCGAUCUGAUUGACCGCACAAUUGCGAGAACAAACCUUAAGCUCGAAGACAUUGUCAUUGUGACUCCGUAUCGCGACCAAGUUGCUGAACUCAAGAGGGCGCUAAGAUCGGUUGAACUCCCAGACAUCAGAGUCGUGACUGCCGACAGUUUUCAAGGCGGUCAAGCUCGAAUGAUAAUCUUCGACUCCGUUGUCGCUAGGCUCCGUGGCGGAGGCUUAGGCUUUAUCACAGAUCCUCGGCGAUUGAAUGUGUCCUUGUCGCGUGCUCUAGAUUUCUUUGUGAUGGUUUGCGACCAUCGCUCUUUCGAAAACGUCGACCAGUACGAAGUUGGUGAUGAAGAUGCAGACAUCGAGACUGGCAACAUUGUCGGCGCCUCCCUCAGUUGGCGUAAAAGCUUUCAACAAUCUGUCGAAUACUAUCGUGACAAAGGCGUGCUAGUGGCUCUUCCUGACACGAGCCCCGGCCCAUUCGCUCGAUACGUCAACAUGAGCAGGGCUGAUGAGUACAUAAAGACCCUCAACCCGUCAACAAAGCCGGCGAAUGCAGACCAAGCCAAGGCAUCGAAAGAAGCCAAGCCCAACAAAUCUGUGAUGCUGGCACCAACCAAUCCUUAUGAGGAUCCUCAACAGGCAGAGAAUUCAGGCGAGACUUGGAACGUUGACCAUGAGCAACAAUCACAGACUGACAAUGAUCAAGGAGAAUGGGGUGAGACUGGUCAAGGAGGAUCGGGUGAGACUGGUCAAGGAGGAUCGGGUGAGACUGGUCAAGGAGUAUGGUCUGGGAAUGCUCUAGGAGGAUGGAGCGGGAGCGGGAGUGGUAAAGGAAGAUGGGAUGGGAAACCUCUAACAGGAUGGAACGAGGAAGAAUUGGGUGGUAAUGCUCAAGGAGGAUCGGGUGAGAGUGGUCAAGGAGGAUGGAGCGGGAGCAGGAGUGGUCAAGGAGGAUGGUCUGGGAAUGCUCUAGGAGGAUGGAACGGGGAUGAACGAAUAGCAUGGGGUGGUAAUGUUCAGCAGCAGUCCAUGGACGAUCAUGACUCUCAUGGGUCAGGUGGAGGGAAAGGCGAUGGAAAUAUUGAUGACAACAACGGGGGUGACGAUAAUCAACAACAGUUAAAUACUGGAUGCCGAGGGGGAAGAGGAGACCAUUGUUGA